AUGACUCACCAAGAGCGGCCACCGGGCUCCAGAGACGAGGUCGUCGGCCCCCGACCAGAAUCAACCAUUGCUGACGGUGACACCAAAAACAACAGCGAAAGCAGUACAAGCGAGAGUGGUGUGGCGGUCUCGGACAAGGAGGAAGGGGUGGACACAGAAGCUGCUGUAGCUCCUCCGCAGCCGACGGCGGCAGCUGGUGAUCCCGAGGCGGAGCGCACGAACUGGCAGACGUUCCUGGUGGUGUUGGCGCUGUGCAUGGCGCUCUUCCUGGCGGCACUGGACGUGUCCAUCAUCACGACCGCGCUGCCGUCCAUAUCCGCACACUUCCACUCGAGCCAGGGGUACGUGUGGGUCGGGGGAGCUUACGUGCUGGGGAACGCGGCCUUCGUGCCAACGUGGGGCAAGAUCUCGGACAUAUUCGGGCGGAAGCCGGUGCUGUUGAUGGCCGUGUCCAUCUUCUGGAUCGGGAGCCUGCUGUGCGCCGUGUCCAACAGCAUGGCGAUGCUCAUCGCGGCGCGGGCGGUGCAGGGCGUGGGUGGUGGCGGUGCCGUGGUGCUGCCCAACAUCUGCGUGUCGGACCUCUUCUCCAUCCGCAAGAGGGGUAUGUACUUUGGUAUCCUGGGCAUGGUGUGGGCCAUCUCGUCGGCCGUGGGGCCGAUCCUCGGCGGCGUCUUCACCGACCGCGUCUCGUGGCGGUGGUGCUUCUACAUCAACCUGCCGCUGUCGGGCAUCUCGCUGGCCAUCCUGUUCUUCAUGCUCAAGCUGCACAACCCGCGCACACCCAUCCGCCAGGGGCUGGCCGCCAUCGACUGGUCGGGCAGCCUGCUCGUCAUCGGCGGCACGCUCAUGCUCCUCAUCGGCCUCGAGUUCGGCGGCGUCGUCAAGCCCUGGGCGUCGGCCACCGUCAUCUGCCUCGUCGUCUUCGGCGUCGUCACCCUCGGCCUCUUCGUCGUCAACGAGUGGAAGGUGGCCACCCACCCGCUCGCCCCGCUGCACCUGUUCCGCCACCGCACCAGCCUCGCCGCCUACGGCAUCAGCUUCUUCCACUCCAUGGCCUUCAUGUCCGGGAGCUACUGGCUGCCGCUCUACUUCCAGGGCGUCCUGGGCGUCUCGUCCCUCAUGUCCGGCGUCUACCUGCUGCCCUUUGUCGUCGCCCUGUCGCUCGUCUCCGCCACGACCGGCCUCAUCAUCGUCAAGACGGGAAAGUACAAGCUCCUCAUCUCCAUCGGCCUCGCCAUCAAUACUCUCGGCUUGGGCCUCUUCAUCGACCUCGGCCCCGACCGCGACUGGGUCAAGCUCGCGCUCUUCCAGGUCGUCGCCGGCAUCGGCAUCGGCCCCAACUUCCAGGCGCCCCUCAUCGCCCUCCACACAAACGUCGCCCCCAAGGACAUCGGCUCCGCCACCGCCUUCUUCUCCUUCCUCCGCCAGAUAGGCACCUCGGUCUCCGUCGUCGUCGGCGGCAUCAUCUUCAACAACGAGAUGCAGAAGCAGCAGACCCGCCUGAUCGCCGAGCUGGGCCCCGAGCUCGCCGCCCACCUGUCCGGUGCCAACGCCACUGGCAGCGUCCGCCUCGUCGCCGCCCUCAAGGGCCACGACGGCAAGGUCGCCCGCGACGCCUACUGGAAUGCCAUGCAGACCAUGUACAUUGUCUACACGUGCUUCGCCGCCGCCGGCUUCAUCGUCAGUCUCUUUAUCAAGCAGGUUCGUUUGAGCAAGGACCACACCGAGCACAAGACCGGACUCAACACCCUCCGCGAAAGAGAGGACAACACUGUCAACUCAGAUGAGAAGAGUAGCUCUCAGUGA